AUGAAGUUACAAGCAUCUAGGAAUAUAAGUAUAUUGUCCAAGAUACGUAAUUCUGUCUCGGGCAAAAAAAACAGCACGGAUAUAUCUGGAGCCGUUGCUACAAACAAUUUACCGAGGGCCACAGGCAAUGGACCCUUCGCAGAAUUACCAAAAUUUGAGGCCAUUGGACAGCCAAGUUCCUUACUCAAUGUGACGUUGCCUGCAAGUUCUAGACUCAACAUAAGAAAUGGGUCGAUCAUUGCGAUGAACGGGAAUUUGAACCAUCUAACCACUAGUUUAAAGAACCUCUCAAAUUUCUAUCCAUUAAUAUACCAAGAAAUCAAAUCUGUAUCUCCUGUGUCAAUCUUAAUUAGUGGUAGUGGUACUAAUUUUUCAAUUUUGGACAUAGGCAGUAGUAGCGAGAAAUGGAUCAUAGCAAACCUGAAAAAUGUCAUUGCAUGGUCCGGAUAUGACUUGCAAUUGAUACCUGAAUCGAGAAACUUGGUGAGACAGGGAAGUCUCUUCAGGCUAGAUAGGUUUACUGGGUUGCAUACUGCAGGUAAGGGGAAGUUGGUGCUAAGUGGAAAGAAUGAUCUUUUUGACAUUGAGCUUUCGGAGGGUGAAGAGUUGAUGUUGGAGCCCAGUGUGCUUAUAGCGCACAACGACAUCGGUGCAGCACACUUUCGUACGAUAAGGGGGAGUCAAUUGUUCCAGUUACCAUCGUAUCCGUGGUUUCUGAGAUUGGGGAUAAGGCUGGCACAGGUGUACAGUUACUUAGAGAAGUGGGCUAAAUACGGGUACUUGAGAUUGACUGGAGGCAGUUACAGAACACAAGACAAUGGAACUCAAAGGAGAGAAAUUGAAAGCAGUGCGCAAAGCACCAGUAACGAAACCAGUUCGUCGUCGUCGUCGUCGUCGUCGCUUAACAGCGUAAAGGCGUCACUCACCAAAACGACAGAAUUUGUUAGGAAGCAAUUUAGUAGAUUGGGCCAAAAAGAUGUUUACUAUCAUGUCAAGGGACCAUGUAAACUCCUUAUAAGUAGUAGCAAUGGAGGAAUUCCACGUCGUGCAACAUUCACAAAGGAAGACUUACAGAGCAUUAGGGACACAUUGAAUUAG